UAUUUUCUCUCUGUGCACGUGGCUGUGACUGUGAUUAGUUAAUUAGCAGCAGCUGUGCGUGCAGCCGUGCACGUUCUCGACACACUGCGAGGAGAGACGAGAUGAUGGAGUUAAAGAUGGAGGAGUGUCUCCUCAGGGGAGAUUCGUGUGAUCUGAUGUCUGUUCUUCACAACGAAGGACUGACUGCCAUCACGCUCAACAGACUGGACCAGUUGGUCACCAAGGAUCUAUGUGGAUCCAGAUUCACCAGAGUUCUGAUUGUGUUGAAGUCUUUGGAGCUUCUGUCAGAGAACCGAGUACAUUUGCAGACCCUCAUUGACCACGGGCUAACCGCUAAGGUGGUGUUGUGGUUCGAAGCCGUCCAUGACAUUCUGACCUCUGACCUCCUGAAGAACUCUGCCUCUCUCCUGGCCCUCACUGAGGAGUUCUAUGACUUCUUCCAGCUGCUGGGUCAGACUUCUCUUCCAGUCAGUCAGCUGUCUGUGGUUCUCCUUCGGUUGGCUCGGUUCACUCUGGAACCAGAAAUCCACUUCCCACUGAGACUUGAGGCCAUCAGAACAUUUAACAGCAUCCUGGAGUCUCUGAGCCGCGAACAGAAGAAACUGAUCCAGAUCGACCAGAACCAGACCCUAAUACUACCUCAGGUGGCAGCCGCGGUUCUGACAGCUGGAGACUACGAGCUGCAGGUCAGCCUAUCAGAGGCUCUGUGUCGCCUCACUCCGAGGCGGGACCGAGAGCAGAGAUCCAAUCAGUGGUUCUCCAGCCGUGACAUCAGCAGCGCCUUCUGUGACAUCAGAGACGCAGACUUUGAAGUGGACUGUCGCCGGUUCCUGAACUUUGUUAAUGGUCUUCUUGGCAACCAGAGGAGGGUGUACACCUUCCCCUGUGUCCGAGCUCUCCUCAACUCCACUGAGCUGUUUCCACCAAAAGACGACAAACUGGACGACUUCUGGAUUGAUUUUAACAUCCAUUCGGGAUGUGUAAGCUUCUUCAUCGACGAGCCCGAGGGUUUCCUUUGGGGGUCCGUCCACCUCCUAAAAGAAGACGUGGAUUGUUACAGUCUUCACCUGAAACAUAAACAAUGCAACGGGGCAGAGACUGUCCUCAGUGUCAAGCUCAACAAACCCAUCAUGCACAACAACAGCAGAGCUCAGACAGUGGAGCUGAACUUCAACUGUGAACACCACCGAGACCUGGAGGAGGCUGCUGGGAAAGUCUUCAUGAAGGCAAGGACUUCUCCCCGUCUUAAGGACACAGGUGGGACGGUCCAGGUGUCCCCCUCAGCAGACAUCCAGCAUGUUCGAUCGUACGGACGGAAGAAAGCGCAGAGCAAGAGUCAGCUGAAGAUUCUUCCUCUGUCGUCUCCGAGCAGUGAGGAAGACUCUUUCGUGUCCAAGGCUUUAGUCAGCGGAUCAGAGUUUCUGUUUGAUCAGAUUCAAUCCGAUCGACACUCAACUCCGACACACGACUCAGGGGUUCCUGCAGGGGCAGAGCUAGAGAUCUCUCAGGAGAAGGGGGAGAGGUCAGGGUCACACAUCUCUCUGUUCGUGAAGGAAGCCUUGAGUUGUGACGGGAAGAGAGCAGCUCCAGAUUCAGGGUACUUGUCAGACCAUAAUGAGGGCCCACGGGCCCAGAAGAGGAGGGCGGAGCCUCGUUCAGAAGAGGAGGAGACUGCGUCACUAGUAGCUGAAUCUUCAUGGAAGGGGGUGGGGCCACCAGAGGAGGGGCUAUUUGCUGCAGGGGCGGGGUCACCUGUUGAAGGGAAGAGGCCUGUGACAGAGUUGCAGGUGGAGUCAGACCCAACGUCUGGCAUCACAGCUGCCUUCAACAACUUCAAAACAGAACUCAACAAACACUUCACCGGCUGCUGGCAAAACGUUGAAGCUGAAAUUCUUCUGUCUUUAAAAGAGUGUCAACAGCACGUCUCUUCUUCUCAUGACCGCUGUCCAGCACCACAGGUCAAAGUUGCUGCAGAGGUUUGAGAACAGCGUCAGUGAUCAGCUGAACCGACUUCAUGAGAACUCAACCAGCUUGAACAGCAUGAACACACAGAUCCUGAGUUUUUUCAAAACCGAGAUGCUGCGACUGGGCUCCUUCUGUGAUGAACACCUGCACAGGUUGAGGUCCUUAGAGGAAGGAGAGCCAGUGGCAGGUUCUUGGUCCAGCGAAUGAGGGAGGAGGAGAGCUUGUGCAACCGGGGAGAGGCUUGUUUUUGUCCCCCCACAUUCAGAA